AUGCUCGUGGUUUUAAAGUUGAAGCUGUUUUGUCCUCUGUAUCCAGGGGAACUCAGAAGCAGUGCUUGUGGUAACCCAGGGGUUCCUCCCAAAAGCAUUUUAAAUGGGACCCAGUUUAACGUGGGAGAUAAGAUAAAGUACCGGUGUGUGAGUGGCUACGUGCUGGACGGUCACUCCCUGCUCACCUGUGUGAGGAAUGCAGGAGGCGUGUCUGUGUGGGACUUCCCUGUGCCCCUCUGCAGAGCGGAGGACACUUGUGGGGGCACCCUGAGGGACUCCAGUGGGCUCAUCUCCAGCUUCGAUGUGCCCUCCGGCGAUUUGUCCCCUGGGGCUGGUGGUGGAGCCGGUGGUCGAGGAGCGGUUGGAGGUUUGGGCAGCAGUGGAGAGUGCAAGUGGACCAUCCUCGCAGAUCCCGGGGACACAAUCUCCCUGGUGUUCACAGACUUUCAGAUGGAGGAGAAGUCUGAUUAUCUGGAGGUGGAAGGAUCGGAGCCACCGAGCAUCUGGUGA